AUGGCGGGGCUGGCGGCGCAGGCGCAGAUCGGCUCGCGAUGCAGCGGCUUGUUCGGCGGACAAGUCGCCGCGCGGCAGCCCGCAACCGCUCCACGGGCUCCCAACAUCUCCGUACCUCCCAUCACAGCCGGCCUCAUCGGCCCGGGAAAGAAAUGGGAGCACUAUGAGACGAACAAGAACGGGAAGGUCGUGCGGGUAAAGAUGCACGUGAAGACCGGCGACACAGUGAUCGUCGUGGCCGGCAGUGAGAAGGGCAAAAUUGGCGAGAUCACCAAGGUGAACAGGAAAACUGGCCAGGUGUUUCUGGAGGGAACAAACAUGAAGACAAGGUAUCAGAAGCCCCAGGGCGAAGGCGAGGCUGGUGUGAUGGAGCAGAAGGAGUCGCCCAUCCACCAUUCAAAUGUCAUGCAUUAUUCAAAGGAGAAACAAGUCCGGAGUCGAGUGGGCAUCAAGUUUGCAGAGGAUGGAAAAAAGAUCCGAUACCUGAAGAAAACUGGCGAAGUCUUGGAUUAG